AUGAUACAAUUGCGAACUUCGUUGUUAAUCAUUGGUGUACUAGCCUACUCGCCUGUCUGGACACUGGAAAUAGCAGUCAACAAGACUAAAGUAUUCGACAAUACAACUGAAACACACUAUAAUGUAACUCAACCGAAAACACACUCAUAUUUACUAAAAGCACGUUAUAUGGAGCUAAACUGUUUUCGAUUAUAUAGUGAAAGAAGUCAACAAGGUUAUUGGUCUGAUAUGUGUGACAGUAAUGAGGCAUUAUCGCCAUAUCAAGUGUGGACUACAAAAUCUGUAUGUGCACCUGGAGUCAUAAAAUUCACAAUUCUAAACUAUUGGUUGAUAUAUGAGCGACCUAACUUCUAUGGUCAGUACAUCUUCCUUGGUCCUGGUCAGUGUAUUUUUAAUAUACACCAAUAUGGAAUGCAAUCAGUUGGUUCUUUACUAAAAUGUAAAAAAUCUCCAUAUUAUUCCACUCUUCACUGUAAUUAUCCAAUGCAACCAUGGAGACAGUAUCAUGGGUUAUCAGAAAAUGAAGCAUAUAAAAUGUCAAUCAAGGAACUACUAACUAACAGAUCCACUUCCAUGAGUCAGUCUUUGCAGCAACAACCAUUGAUGGGAAAUGUCAAAUUGUCUGACUUAACGCAAGGCAGUGUUAAUGGAAUGUCGACUUCAGCUUAAAAUCUUGUACUGCAGAAAUUGAACCUUUGAUUUAUUGUUUGUUUAAUGUAUUUUUGACUAGUUAGUGACUGAC